ACUGUCAGAUGUUAAUUGGCUGGUUGGGGAGUCGAUUUGGGAAAUUUUUGUGAAAAAAAAUCCAUAUUUCGGAGUUAAAAUUGCAUUAAAAGAAAAGUUUGGCCUUUCAGUGGUUCGGUCCAGGUAACCCGUUUGUAUGUGAUAAGUGUCCCAGUAUCAGAUCUUGCUGUAAUUUAAAUGUUCAACCGACAACAACAAAGGGAGGGCCACCCAACACACGAAAGUUAAAAUGGCGAAUUGAAGGAAGACAAAACGUAUCUUCGAUAGUAGUGAAGAGGCGAAUAAUAAAUAAAUAAAUAAUAAUGGAAGAAUCAUCGUCUUUAAAUCAAAACGGAAGCCAGAUGGGGUCAGGGGGACAGCCGCCUACCAACCUGAACAAUAAACAAAAUGAAGAGGCUCAGCAGCAGAAAAACCAUUAUUCCAUACCAGGGAUCUUGCACUUUAUCCAACACGAAUGGGCCAGAUUUGAAUUGGAAAGAUCACAAUGGGAAGUGGAUAAAGCAGAAUUGCAGGCAAGAAUAGCUUUCCUACAAGGUGAACGUAAGGGCCAAGAAAACCUAAAAAAUGAUCUAGUCCGGCGCAUAAAAAUGCUUGAGUAUGCUCUUAAACAGGAGCGGGCCAAAUUUCACAAAUUAAAAUACGGCACUGAAUUGAAUCAAGGCGAUAUGAAACCGCCUGUGUUGGACGAUUCAGGUGAAUCACAGCUAGUUGAUCAGGAUCAGAGUUACGUACCAGUUAGCAAUGCCACCUGGAAACAGGGACGACACUUGCUUAGAGAGUACUUAAAGGAAAUUGGAUACUCUGACAGAAUAAUCGAUGUCAGAUCCACCAGAGUGCGCGCUUUGUUAGGCCUCAACACAACCUACAAUGCAGAUCAAGAGGAAAAUCACAAUGGAGGUCCUGUAAAUGGGAAUGAUUCCAAUAAAAGAGUUAGUGAAACUCAAGGUCGUAGAACACCAGCAAAAAAAACCCAACCGGGUUCUUUGACUGAGGCAAUGUUAUUAGACACCGAAGCAUCAGUUAUCGCAAAUCUCGACUUUUUAACAAAUGCCGAUGUCGAAAUGGAUGACGACGAGGAGAUGAGCGAUGAUCCUGAUAUGGAUCCGAAUGUCGAGAUGGAAGAUGAAGUUAAACCUAUGAAAAAAGGUCCGAUUAAUUUUAAUUUUACCAAUAUCAAACUUAAAAAGAGAAUUUUUCUUGUAGAAGGUGAAGAUGUAGACGCUCUAGCGAUGGAAGUGUUUAAUGAACUUAAUAGGCUGUCUGAAACAGAGAAAAAGCAAGAAAUUAAAAAUGUGUACACACAAGAGUGGGAAAUUUCCAGCCAGGUUCCGAAACGAAUAGCCGCUCCUGGUUUAGGAGACGAAGACAAUAUUGAUGCUACACUAGGGCUGGGCGAGUUGGCCCAAUUAACUGUUAAUAACGAUGCAGAAAGCACGUACGAUAUUGCCAGUAGUAAGGAGGCAUUUAGGAAAACAUGGAAUGCCAAGUAUACGCUUAGGAGUCACUUUGACGGGGUUAGGGCAUUAGCAUUUCAUCCGACUGAGCCGGUAUUAAUCACGGCAAGCGAGGAUAAUACUUUAAAGUUGUGGAAUUUGCAAAAAACGGUGCCAGCAAAGAAGAGUGCCAGUUUAGACGUCGAACCUUUAUAUACUUUUAGGAGUCAUACUGACCAUGUACUAUGUCUAACAAUUUCGGGCACGGGCGAGCACUGUUACUCUGGAGGGCGGGAUGGUGUAAUAAAUUGCUGGAACGUUCCAAGCUCGAACAUCGACCCCUACGACUCGUUCGAACCAGAUAUUUUAAAUACAACAUUACACGGGCACUCGGACAGUGUCUGGGGGCUAUCGGUUCUUAACUCUAAGCAGCAAUUAGUUUCGUGCAGUUCUGAUGGAACUGUUAAACUGUGGUCGCCACAUAGCAAGGUUCAGCUUUUAAAUACGUUCACAUCGGAACAGGACGGUAGUCCUACCAGUGUGGACUUUGUAAGGGACGAACCUAAUAAAAUUGUCGCCUCGUUUUCGUCCUCUCAUUGUGUUAUAUUCGAUUCAGAAACUGGCAGACCAGUUAUGAAAAUGGAGUCGGCUAGUCAGGAUAGCACAUCUAGUACGAAAUGGAUUUACAAGAUUUUAUGUCACCCAACGUUACCGGUGACGAUAACCGCUCACGAGGACCGGCACAUCCGAUUUUGGGACAAUCAUUCCGGUAAAAUGGUUCAUUCAAUGGUCGCGCAUUUGGACGCCGUCACGAGUUUGGCUGUGGAUCCGAAUGGAUUGUAUCUACUCUCAGGAUCUCAUGACUGUUCAAUACGGUUGUGGCACCUGGACAACAAAACGUGCGUCCAAGAGAUGACGGCGCACCGUAAGAAGAACGACGAGAGCAUCUUUGACGUCGCCUUCCAUCCGUCGAGGCCUUACAUCGCCAGCGCGGGCGCUGACGGUAUCGCCAAAGUUUUUGUUUAAAAUGUAAAACGGAAAAGGAAAAAUGGUCAAUUGUAAGGUUCAAAGUAAACGUGAAAAGUGGCAACAGUAACUCUAGUAAGGUAAUUCCGUUAGUGGGUCUACAGAAUGUUUCUGAUUAAUAAGCAGUUUGGUUUUAAGAAACGAAAUGAUACCAUUUUUAAUCGAAACUUUAAUUGGUAGUAACCAAAAAUUAUUAAUAAAAUUAAUAUUUUUAGGUCAAAAUCGGUUUUUUACUAACUUUGAAAGGCCAUAUCUCAAAAAAUAUCAGUGAUACACUUUCCCAAUAAUAUUAAAUAAUUCAAGUGGUUCCGUGUAUUUUAGAAUCGUCCAAAAAAAUAAUUUAGAAUGAUUUUUUUUUCAGAACAAAAGUCCAAAGUCGACCAUUUUCAAGCCUGGACCCAGUUUUUUCUAAAAAUGAACUGGCUUAGUUUCUAAUGAACUUUAUCUAAAUAUUUCUAAAAUCCCAAAGAAUCCUAAAGUUACUUAAAAAAAAAACCUUAAGAAACAAAAAUCCAAUCCAUAAAAUUGAAAUUGUCAGGUGAAAAAUAUACAUUUUCCCAACUUUGAAGGAGCUUAUUUUGGAAAAUAUCAGUUAUACGGCUUUUCUAUCAUUGCAAAAUUCAGCAAAUUCCAAAUAUUCUAGUUAUUUAAAUAUUCUAAAUAUUCUAGUUUCUAGUUUAGAUAUUGCUAGGAUCUAAAAGAGACCUCAGAAAAGGAAAAAAUUAAAAUCCACAAAACUUAUUAAGAAUAUUACAAUUUUCAGAUCAAAAUCGGUUUUUCACCAACUUUGAAAUCGUAAAAUAUCAAUCCCAAUGGUACUAAAGGAUUCAUGUGGCACUUAACAUUUUAGAAGAGUUUGAAAAGUAAUUUUAAAGUGAUGGUGGUUCGAGAAAGAAAAAUCUAAAGUUGGAUUUUUUUGAAUGAGAGAGUUUUCCCAGAAAAUCGAACUGCCUUAGUUCAUACUGAAAUCAGGACAGAAAAUGCAAGUCGCAUGACUUUUCCAGUGGUACUAAAUGUUUCACGAGGUCCUAUAUAUUGUAGAAACGUCGAAAAAUACAUUUAAAAAUGAUUAGUUUUUCCAGAAAAAAAUUUUCAAAGUACGACAUUUAAAUUUAUUCUGUUAUUUAGUUAAUACUAUAUGUAUUGCCCGCUCUCCGUAUCUUGAAGCAGGAGGACUUAGUUCACACAUCUAUCGGACAAUUCUGAUGAAAUCGACUGAAAUUUUGGUACAACUGAGUAUAUAUUUUUGCCGUUUCCUUUUGUGCAAUGAGCUUUUAUAAACUAUAUAAAACAUUCUCAUAUUCUUUUUAAAUAUUUGAAAAAAAAACUUUACUUUUUAGUUUUACGGAACAUUUCGUAAUUCGAUAAAUUUAUACCAUUCAAUAAGCUCUCAUUUUUAAGACUGACAUGUGUCUAAUAUUCUACAUUAUUUAUAAAUGGUAUUAAGGAACCUGAUUAAGAUACUGAUAGUGCCCUUUUUCGUUUGCUUUGGUAUGCGAGAAAUGUCGAAUACUCAGUACUAUUUAAGAGAAAUCGAUGUUUAUGUGAGAACCAUAAAAUUAGUGAAAAAAAAUUCUUAAGACUCGAAUAAAGAGGUGUCAAAUAAAAUGUAGUAGGUGAGAUGUCUUUAGAAGGCAAUUUUUGGGCUUACAUUUAUUUUUUUAUUGAAGCAUCCCCAUAGUAAAUGUGCAAACUCGAUUAACUUAUUGAGGAAUUAACAGAACAUUGUUUUAAUUUAUCUCCACUUAAUAAAAAAAAUAGUAAUAUGACAUCAGACUUAAGUUAAAUAAAAGCGUUAUCAAAAAAAAUCCUGAUUUCCCUACAAAUCUUCUAAAGACAAGGUGAUUCGUAAAGAAUUAAAAUAAAAACAGUAAACUUGUAACUCCUUAAGCUUAAAUUAAUAUCACAUUUAACCUAUCAGCUGUAUAUAUUAUAAAUCGGUAAUUUGUAUAUAAUUAUUCUGAUCUAAUUUGUCACAUUAUCCCUUUACUAUAUGCUUAUUUUUUGUAAAUAAUUUUUAUUUAUUAUUAAUUAAGUCUCAAAUAUGUUAAUUAUACAUUAUAAAAUUGUUAAACAACGCAUUUAAAAAAUCGUACGACUAAAAAUCUGGGAGAGCUGUCAUUUGGGAAAGUUCCAUGCUCCUGUGGGUAAACGGAUAACAACAAAACUUGAAAUAAUCGUGAGAACCUACGAUUACUAAAUUUAGACCCAUUAGUACGCAAGAAGUGUAAUGUUUUCAUUAUUAAGAAGGAUGACAGUAAUAAUGAGGAAUAAACAAUAAAAAUAUAGUUUAUUUUUUAAUUAUAAAAAACGAACACAGUAGUCCGUCUACAUGUAGUUAUUGUUUGAGACAUGAAAAAACAUACUAGGAAAAUGCUUGUUUUUUUUUGUUUUUUUUUUAAUGUUUUGUUAACUUUUUAUUUUUAUAUUUUAAAAGAGUAUUUCAAUAGCUAGUGUAAUAUAAUACUGCCCUUAGUAGAA